CGUCGUAUCUUCCUCUUUCAAUUGAACAAAACCUAACCACUCUCAACCCCUUCUUCUCUCUCUCUUUCUCUCUCUCUCUCUCUCUUCUUCUUCUUCUUCUUAUUCUGAUUCUUCCCCAAUUCAACCUCUCUUCCUUCCCUCGUCUCCAAUUGUGCUUAGUAUUAUUUAGAACAUGCCCACUUGGUGGGGUAAAAAGUCCAGCAAGAGCAAGGACCAAGAGGACCACCACCCGCAUGGCGGCGGCGGCGGCGGGAGUACCAGCGUUCUUCACUUCAACUUCAUCAAGCCCAAGACUAGGCCCAACAAGAGCUUCGACGAAGUUGUCCACGUCCACAAUUCCCCACGCGCUAGCCGCGAUUUAGCUCCCUCCGCCGCCGACUCCGACGAGAAGCGGGGGCUCCCCUUGCCUCGCCCCUCUGUCUCUUCCACGCAAAGCUUCAGCAUCGACCAGGGCCUCGUCUUCGGAUCUGCCUCCGUUUCAGGCUCUAGCGUCAGCUCCAGUGGCUCCUACGAGGACCAUCCCUCAUAUCACGCUCAGAUUACUGGUGCUAGAGCGCAAGGUGACGUGAAGUUCCAUGUGAGGUCUAAAAGCCCAGGUCCUGGGUCAAGAGGGCCCACCAGCCCAACAUCACCUCUUCAUCCGAAGUUGCCUAUUUUGAGCCUUGACUCUCCUACAGGCAGACAAGAAGACGGAAGGGGUGAAUGCCAUCCAUUGCCUCUUCCACCGGGCUCUCCUACUAGCCCUUCUUCUUCUCUUUCCAGCGCUAGAGCAAAUGGGGUGGCAGAACACACUACCAGUAACCUUUCAAAGUGGAAGAAGGGAAAGCUUCUAGGACGGGGAACUUUUGGGCAUGUUUACCUGGGAUUCAAUAGUAAUAGUGGACAAUUGUGUGCAAUAAAGGAAGUCAGGGUUGUCUGUGAUGACCAAACGUCAAAAGAGUGCCUCAAACAACUUAAUCAGGAGAUCAAUUUGCUCAGUCAGCUUUCACAUUCAAACAUUGUUCAAUACUAUGGGAGUGAUUUGGGAGAAGAAACACUCUCCGUUUAUUUGGAAUAUGUCUCUGGUGGUUCUAUUCACAAAUUACUUCAGGAAUAUGGGGCCUUCAAAGAGCCUGUUAUUCAAAAUUAUACCAGGCAAAUUGUCUCUGGUCUUUGCUAUCUUCAUGGGAGAAAUACAGUGCAUAGGGAUAUCAAGGGGGCUAACAUACUAGUUGAUCCUAAUGGUGAAAUCAAGCUGGCAGACUUUGGAAUGGCCAAACAUAUAAAUUCUUCUUCCUCCAUGCUUUCUUUCAAAGGGAGUCCAUACUGGAUGGCACCUGAGGUUGUAAUGAAUACAAAUGGCUAUAGCCUUCCUGUUGAUAUAUGGAGCUUGGGAUGCACAAUUCUUGAAAUGGCAACAUCAAAGCCUCCCUGGAAUCAAUAUGAAGGGGUAGCGGCAAUAUUUAAAAUCGGUAACAGUAGAGAUAUGCCUGAAAUCCCUGAUCAUCUCUCUAGCGAUGCAAAGAAUUUCAUUCAGCAAUGCUUACAAAGAGAUCCAUCGGCCCGCCCCACAGCCCAGGAGUUACUAGAUCACGCCUUCAUUCGAGAUCAACCAGCAACAAAAGCUACAAAUGUCAGAAUAACUAGGGAUGCUUUCCCCUGCAGUUUUGAUGGAAGUCGGACACCGCCGCCAGUUUUAGAUCAUUCCAAUAGAACGAGUAUAAAUUCAUUGGAUGGAGAAUAUGGAACAAAGCCAGUUCCUGUUACUUCACGUGCAGUAAGGAGCCCAAGAGAUAACACAAGGGUGAUCACAUCUUUACCAGUAUCGCCCUGCUCAAGUCCAUUGAGACAGUAUGGGCCAGCCCACAAGAGCUGUUUUCUUUCUCCUCCUCAUCCAACUUACACUUUGAUGGGGCAAAAUACCCUCCCUUCAUAUCCAGUGAGAUCAAAUGCAACAUUCACUCUUGAUCCUUUUCAUGAAAAAUCUUUUUACAAAGCCCACACACCGGGUGGAUCCCCUAGAAGAUUCAUUUGAGUUACCGAUUGUAAAUACCUCUAAAGUCUUUUGGUUUCCCCGGCAUACCUUGUGGUCAGUGGUUGAACUUCAAUCAUCUGCACUAUUAGAGUACAAACUCUAUGUAAAGGAUUCUGGUCAAUUCUUUAUACAUGAGAACGAGACCACCUACGGUAGAAGUGAGGUGUAGGACCUCUUGAUGCAGCCAUUAGACUGGGGACACCGUGCUGCUUGUAACAAUUUAUUGAUUACUGUAAAGGCAAGUGUUUACUGUUUGUAGUAACGUUUAUGUUGUAUAUUGUUAGUUCAUGGCAGGAGAAAAAAGAGGGUAAUUUUUCAUA